AUGUCGAAGUCGUUAUCGUGGGACGAUUUGAAAUGCGAGAUACAACCAUGGAUUAGAACGGCUAUAGAAUCGAUGGGGUUUGAGACCAUGACGCCAGUUCAAGCCUCAACUAUUCCGUUGUUCUCUGGUAACAAGGAUGUCGUGGUAGAAUCUGUUACAGGAUCUGGUAAGACUAUAGCGUUCGUGAUUCCAAUUUUAGAAAGGUUGAUAAAAGAAGAAGCCAAUUCGGCCAAAUUCAAGAAAUCACAUUUCCAUUCGUUAAUCAUUUCACCAACCAGGGAAUUAGCCAGUCAGAUUCAUGAUGUGAUAGAAGACUUUCUGAAGUAUUAUCCAGAUAAUCUGUACCCAAUACGGUCGCAAUUACUCGUCGGAACAAGUAGCGCUAGUGUUCGAGACGAUAUCAAUAGUUUUACAGAUAACAGACCCCAAAUACUAGUUGGUACUCCUGGGAGAGUCCUAGAUUUUUUGCAGAAGACUAAUGUAAAGACUGCUUCCUGUGGUACCGUCGUGUUAGAUGAAGCUGAUAAGUUAUUGGAUUUGAAUUUCCAGAAAGAUGUAGAAACCAUUUUAAAGAUGUUGCCGAAGCAAAGAAGAACAGGGUUGUUUUCGGCAACAAUCGAAAGUGCGGGUGCGCAAAUCUUCAAAACAGGUAUGAGAAAUCCAGUGAAAGUUGCUGUGAAGUCUAACUCGAGCGCACCUUCAUCUCUUUCGAUAAACUAUAUCGUCAUUCCACCUAAGGAUAAAUUACAACUAUUGUUGACUCUACUCAACAACUACAGAUUCAAGAAAUGCAUAGUUUACUUCCCGACAUGUAUCUCGGUCACAUAUUUUUACGCAUUCAUAAACCAUUUGAAAGAGCUUAAUUUGAUUCAGGAUGAUCUAAAACUCUUCUCACUACACGGAAAGCUACAGACGCAAUCGAGAAUGAAGACGCUUGACAGUUUCACUUCUAACUUGACCGAUGCCGUACUAUUCACCACAGAUGUUGCUGCUAGAGGGAUAGACAUACCAGAUGUUGAUCUAGUUAUCCAACUUGAUCCACCAACAGAUGCAGAUAUAUUCAUUCACAGAUGUGGUAGAACAGGUAGGGCUAAUAGGAUUGGUAAGGCACUUGUGUUUUUAAAUGAAGGUAGAGAAGAAGAUUACGUACCAUUCCUGGAAGUGAAAAACGUCAAACUAGAAGAAGAAUCUGUGGAACUGAAAGGCGUAGAGAAUCUAACCAAAAUAUUCCACGAUUGGAUUUUACACGAUAGAGCAAGAUUCGAUCACAGCGUAAGAGCAUACGUUGCAUUUAUAAAAUACUACUCAAAGCAUACUGCAUCAUCGAUCUUCAGAUUCCACUCCAUGGAUUUCAUCGGCGUUGCGAACUUUUACGGGUUGUUACGUCUGCCACGUAUGCCCGAAAUAACCAGGUAUGCUGCCGACCAAAUUCCGGAGGAAGGUUGGUUGGUAUCACCACCAGUGAAUUUAGACACAUUUGCUUACUUAGAUAAACAAAAGGAGAAGGCGAGGUUACAAGAAUUACAAAACCUCAAGCAAAUAAGCGAUAAAAAGAAACUGAAAAGUGAGCUAAAGAAGAAGAACAUGGCAUGGUCCGAUAAGACACUAACUAAAGAAGCCAAAGCUGAAAGAAGAGCAGCUAUGGCCAUCAAGAGGAAGGCAAUUGAAGAGAAACUUCUGCGGGGCGAUGAGGAAUCAGAAGAUGAAGUUGAGCAAGACUGGAAAGACCUUGUAAGACAAAACAAGAAAAAGAAGCAUAACUCCAUGCAAGGAAGUUUCGAUGAUUUAUAG